GGAGGCGUGUGUCUACCAAAGUGGAAAGUUACUCCAUGCUCGCUGAGGCCCGACCACCGCUGGCCUAAUUAGCAGUCUUUCCUCGACCUAAUUAGGGGACUAAACAUAGCGCGAAGCAGCCCCUGUCAUGUGGCGGGCCCCACUGUGGGAGCUAGGCAUUUGCACAUGCUCAUUGGCCAGACUAGAGAAAGCUUGUGAAGCAAAAUCCAACUCCCACGCAUGCAUCUGCACCACUCAGCGCUCACUCCCGCGGGGAGACAGCCAUCACGCCUUCGCUCUGUCGCUUCUGCAUGUUGCGCCCAUGCCAGUGUGCCGCGUCACACGAGAAACUUACAAUUCGCGUAGCUCGGAAAUGCGCACCAACCGACCUGCCCCCUUGGGUAGACCAUGCUCUCUGUCUUCUCGUCGGUCUAGCUGCUCGGUCAUUGAGUCCCGCAGUGGAAAUGAUCACGACAAUUGCAAGGUCGAAUUAGGCCAGCUCCAGUCUGCAUGACCCCUCUCUUCUGCCCCAGCGUUCUGGCCGCAGGUUGCACGAACGAAUAGCUUCGAGAAACAGCCGCAUAUUGCGGUGCCACGAGUCACCAACCACUUGUCGGUCGACAGCCGAAGCAGGAACCAACCUCAUGCUGUCACGCUCCACGACAUUGAACACGUUCAUUCAACGCUCCACAUGCAGCUCACAUCUA